UGGCGCAUGUCUGAAAUUAGUUAUUGAGAAAGAGAGAGAGUUUCCACGUAGUGACAGAAUCAACAUAACCUCAAUUUUACUCACGAUCGGCUUCGUAAUCACUCUUUACGUUUCAGUUUUGCUGCGAUAUCCAUCAGCAUUGCGUGUAAGCGUGAAGUCCUUUCACAAUGGUGUCCGUUCUAAACACCGUCGAUACGGGCCACGAGGACAUGAUCCACGAUGCCGAAAUGGAUUAUUACGGUUUGAGGUUAGCCACUUGUUCCAGCGAUAACUCGGUGAAGAUAUUCGACCUGAAGAACGGCACUCAGAGCUUGGUCGCCGAGCUGAAGGGCCACAUCGGUCCAGUGUGGCAGGUGGCAUGGGCGCAUCCUAAGUUUGGGAAUCUUUUAGCAUCUUGCAGUUACGACAGGAAAGUGAUCAUUUGGAAAGAACUCGGAGAAUGGACAAAGGUGUACGAACAUACAGGUCAUGAUUCGUCUGUAAAUUCCGUCGCGUGGGCGCCGCACGAAUUUGGUCUGAUUUUGGCGUGUGGCAGCUCAGAUGGAUCGAUCUCUAUUCUCACAAACACCGGGGAUGCUUGGCACACGCAAAAAAUACCGAACGCUCACACAAUCGGUUGUAACGCGGUCAGUUGGUGCCCUGCGAUCGAUUCCGGCUUCGACGCCAAUGCGACGCAACAGAGGAGCGGUCCUGUUAAGAGAUUAGCCACCGGUGGCUGUGACAAUUUAGUGAAAAUAUGGAAAGAAGAAGGCGAUAGAUGGGUGGAGGAGAACAAGUUGGAAGCGCAUAGCGACUGGGUUCGAGAUGUAGCUUGGGCACCUGCGGUUGGUCCAUCUAGAGCCGCUUUAGCAUCCUGCUCGCAAGAUCGUCGCGUUGUCGUUUGGACGUCCAACGAUUACGCUAGUUGGACACCGAACGUCCUUAAUGUGUUUGACGAUGUGAUCUGGAACGUCAGCUGGUCGUUGACAGGAGGGAUUUUGGCGGUCAGUGGCGGCGACAACAAGGUUUCCCUGUGGCGUGAGAAUUCCGAGGGACAAUGGGCAUGUAUCUCUGAACUGAACAAAGGCCAAGGCAAUCUUAAUAAUACAGACCAGCGCGCGUUGUAAUAUCACUUAUGAUGAUGUAGAGUAUUAACUGCGUUCAGCAGAAAAAGCUGCGUACAAUUAAAUUCACGAAUUUUACAACAGUUGCAAAGUAACUUUCUCUGCUAAACGCAGCCAAUUAUAUUUUAUACAAGUAAGCGUUGUAAAUUAGUAUACAGAUUGUUCGACGGUAUUGUUAAGAAUUUCUCAACGAAUUCCUGUUAGCGCUUCAUUUACUACUAAUACUUCUGUAUCCAUAAAAGGAAGUUAUCCACCCGAAAUGUAACAAUGAUACUUAUAAAUACUACGAUACUUUAUUGGAACAAUGUUUUACGACUGUUAACGACAUCUUAUGCGACUAAAUUCUAAAUGCUAUGAUCUAUGUAUGUACGGACAGAAAACACCUCUUAUAUGCUUAUGUACUCGUGAUAUUCUUAAUUUAUAAUUUAUAUAAAAAUACAAUAAUUUGCGCCGGAGUACUAAAAAUAAUAUUCAUUAUUCGAAUAAUCUUUAGUCUUGCGUGUAUAAGGACACGGCGAAAACUAUGUCACGUUUGAUCGCGGUUGAGGCUUCCUCCAUUUUUUCCUUCAAAACAGGAUCGCCUAUCGUCACAGCCGCGUUUUUAACAUCUCGCAGAGUCUCGCCGAGUUGCUGUAUGCAACGAACUAUGAUACCCUCUUGGACGUCUGUCUUCUUCAUGAUUUCCGCAAACGAUUUAGCCUGUGCCCAUUCGUAAACAACUUCCAUCAAGCCAAAGUUCAAUGGCGACAAUGUUGACAAUUGAUAGCGUUGCUCCAGUGACUCCAAUUCGGCGUGCACCUCUUUCAUCACUUCGCGACCCUACCAGAUAACGCGAAUCGUUGAAGAAACAUUAAGUUUGCAAUUGUUACUAAAAUUAGUGUAAAAAGGCCGACGAAAAUCCGAAUCAAAAUUCAGCGGCUAUGCAUGCCAAAAGUUUCGAUUCAAUUUUCGCUGGUCUUUGUUGCGUUUGUUAAUUAUUUAGAAAAAAGCAUUUUGCUGAUACUUACAUUCGUCAAAUUCGGUGUGAGUUUCGGCUCAACAUCCGUGCGUUGAUGAAAGAUCACUGCCGAUAAUAGCGCUACUAUUUCCGCCGG